AUGGCCGAGACGCACUUCCCCAAAUCGUACGGAGACGAUAGCAUCGGCCUCCACCCGAUCCCGCGCGGGAUGGACAAGCAAGCAUCGAGCUCAGCGGGGUCGCCUCAUCGCGCAUGGUACGAUCCACGCGGGUGGUCGCUGCGCACAAAAUUGAUUGUUGGGAUUGUCGGCAUCGCAGCCAUCAUUGGUAUUAUUGUCGGCGCCGUCGAGGGCUCAAAAGCACGCCGGUAUCCGGACUAUGCGCCGCUGGAUUAUCAUCUCGUGGAUACAUAUUCGGGCGUUUCAUUCUUUGAUCAGUUUCAUUAUUUUUCGGACGAGGACCCGACAGAUGGGUUUGUUCAGUAUGUCGAUAGAAUCGCAGCGCAACAACUAAACCUUACCUUCGCCACUGAAUCAUCGGCAAUACUUAAAGUCGACUCAACAACAAAGGACGUCAUCAAGGGUCGAAACUCCGUUCGCAUAGAGUCGAAGAAAUCCUACGAUACGGCCCUUUUCAUAUUCGAUAUCAUCCAUACCCCGUAUGGGUGCGGCACCUGGCCGGCCCUCUGGCUGACGGAUGGCUACAACUGGCCAGAUAACGGCGAGAUUGAUGUACUAGAAACAACCAACAAUGCUACUGAUGGGAACGCCAUCACCCUACACACAACGUCGGGCUGUAAUAUGGAUGUGCGACGCAAGCAAACAGGCAGCGUGACAUACAAGACUUGCGACAAUAGCACGAAUGCAAACGCCGGAUGUGGUGUCCAGGGAUCUCCAGCGAGCUAUGGGCAGGAGUUGAAUGACAAUGGCGGUGGUAUAUACGCCCUUGAACUGCGCCAGGCAGGUAUCAGAGGCUGGUUCUUCCCCCGGGAUGACAUUCCAUCGGAUAUUGGGAAUGCGAGCAACUCCCCUGACCCAUCAAGCUGGGGGACGGCAUUAGCGGACUUCCCCAACACGAGCUGCGAUAUCCCAUCGCAUUUCAAGAACCAGAGCAUCAUUGCGAAUAUCGACCUUUGCGGUUCAUGGGGCGGGAGUCCUGAUGUGUAUACGGACCAGUGGAGCUGCCCUGGCGACUGUCCAGUUUAUGUGGCAAAGAAUCCGGGAAGCUUCACGCAGGCGUACUGGGAGUUUGGCGAGUUCAAGGUUUAUCAAGCGAAUUAA